GCUGUUCAAAGGGACGGCGGCUGAGAGCGGCGCUUGGGGGGUCCGGCGGCCGGCUGAUGCUUGUGGUUGAAGCGUCCUGAAGUAGCUGGGCCCCCUGCUUCACCACUUCUGAUCCUGCCCCCCCACCCCUUCCCCACCCUGGCUCCCCUCCCUCAUGACCGCCUGGGUCAUCCUCCCUGUCAGCCUCUCAGCUUUCUCCAUCACUGGCAUAUGGAUUGUGUAUGCCAUGGCACUGAUGAACCACCAUGUGUGUCCUGUGGAGAACUGGUCCUACAAUGAGUCCUGCUCCACUGACCCCGACAUACAGGGUGGUCCCAAGAGCUGCUGCACAUUGGAGGACAUUCCCCUCAUCAGUAAAUGUGGCACAUACCCCCCUGAGAGCUGCCUCUUCAGCCUCAUAGGCAACGUGGGUGCUUUCAUGGUGGCACUGGUCUGCCUUCUCCGUUAUGGCCAGCUGCUGGAGCAAAGUCAUCGGUCCUGGGUUAACACCAUGGCUCUCAUCACUGGCUGCUUCAAUGCUGCUGGCCUGGUUGUUGUUGGCAACUUCCAGGUGGAUCACGCCAAGUCUUUGCACUAUAUCGGGGCAGGAGUUGCCUUCCCAGCAGGGCUUCUCUUUGUCUGUCUCCACUGUGCCCUCUCCUACCAUGGUGCUGCUGCUCCCCUGGACUUUGCCAUAGCUCACUUCCGCGCCGCUCUUGCCGUUAUUGCCUUUGUCGCCCUGGUCCUCAGUGGCAUCUUCUUUAUCCACGAAAGCUCCCAGCUCCAACACGUGGCUGCCCUGGCCGAGUGGGUUUUCGUCAUGGACAUCCUCAUCUUCUACGGCACUUUCAGCUACGAGUUUGGGGCAGUGUCCACAGACACGCUGGUGGCUGCCUUCCAGCCGGCCCCUGGCCGGGCCUGCAAGUCUCCAGGGAGCAGUAGCACCUCCACCCACCUCAACUGCGCACCAGAGAGCAUUGCCAUGAUAUAAAGCGGAAGGAGGUCAGUGGGGGACAGCCGAGGCCCCGCUCCUCCAGCUUCGUUGGGUUUCUUUUGUACCAAAAAGAUUUUUUUUUUUUAAAGAAAGUAUUACUGAUGGGGUGCAUCCUCCCUUUGGGGGAGGACCCAUCAAUGUCCUCAACUUGACACCUGUGCCAUGAAAGAGCAGCGACCCCUGCUGGCUGCCUGGGGGGCAACAGUCUGCUCAAUCCCAGUGUAUUGUUUUCAGUUUGUUUGUCUUUUUUUUUUUUUUAAACACUCCCUAUCCUCAUUUAUUCACCAAUCCAGCCCUUAUGGUGCCUUCUGCUCCCCACUGGUUCUGAGGCCAGGCCACUGGAGUCUUUCUGCAGGAAUUUUGGGGGCUGGGACAAAGCAAAGGGUAUAGGAAGGAGGCAGCUAGUGAGCCCCCCUCCCCCCAGCUCUCAGACCAUGCCCACAGGCUCAGCCUUCCAGACUGCUGAGACUUCCUUCCCUUUGCUCCUCCCUGCUUCCAUUAGGGCAAGUAACCCAGCAGAACCACACGGAUAUUUUAGUACUUUUUUAUAUCUAUUAAAAAAUCUAACUCUUGA